GAGAGGAAACUUGUGAAUAAAUUGUGAGAUGUGAUCUACGUCUAUUACUUCACUUUUCACUAUUUAUAAACUUCUUUGGUCUUUGCCUAUGGAGUUGACACGGGGUGCUUGUCUCUGUGAUUUGGAACUUUAAAAGUUGGCCAGAUCGCAAAGGCGCCUUUCCCUUUAAGAUCGCCUUGAUGCUAUGCGAACUGAACUAAUCAUUGCUACAAACUUGCCGAGUCCGACAGGGUCUGGGCUCCUCAGCUCAAGUCAUGAGCGCUUGUUGCCAAGGCGAAGGAAUUAAGCAAGCAAUUCAUUCACAAGGGAUUGGGAUACCAACUGCAUACAACAAAAAACAAAGCAAAGAUGGAGUGCAGUGUGCUCCUCUUCUAGGUGUGUGAUGGCCGUUGACCUGCCCGCUGGCGGACCUCCACCUCGUGCCCAUGGUCGUCAUGGCAACGCUGGAUGGCAGCACGCCUGUUGAGACUCUGCUGGCCACCAUCCACCUGGAACGCUACCUGAACGCAUUCCAUCUAUCUGGUUUCCUACAGGCCAGGGACUUCACCCACCUGGACCAUGAGGCCCUCACCAGGGUGGGCGUGACAGCCACCGGACACAGGAAGAGAAUACUCCGAUUGGUCAGCCACAUCAAACGAGCCAAUCAGCAUUCAGCAGAGGCUCAGAGGACUAAUCACCAUCAAAAAACGGAGACCAGUCAAUUAUUGCACCGUCGCCAGUCUGACUCAGAUAUUCGUUUGCCACUACCCAGACAGACAAACCCCCCGUCCAAUCAAAAAGGGGAUCCCACCCGCUUUGAAGCUUUGCGGAACAGUUCGGCUCCUAACCUCUCCGCCAUGCUAGCUAACUCAGGGUCGGAGCAGAGCAAGGUCAUGGUGAAGCCGGUGCCCAAACCUAGAACUGUGUUCUACAGACGUAGAACGACAGAACUGCCCAAGUUAUCCUGCCUAGCAACACCAGAGCCCUCUCAGCUAGGGAGGAAACCUUCUCAGGAAUCCCUAUGCUUCACUGUUCUGGAGGGCUUGAACUCAGGGGAGACCCCCGACCAGGCGACCUCUGCCCCCGUCCAAAGACAGAGCCUGGGGGAGAGGAGGCUGAGUGGCUCAGCGUUGACAGAGCCACUGCCCCCUGUACCCCCCAGGCUCAACCGAGGGGUCCCCCCUUCGGCGAUCAGGGUAUCCCCAACAUCCUCACCCUCUGGAAGGUCCGAAACUGAUCAGCCUGCCAACCCAUUACCCCUCUCCUCCUCCUUGUCCUCCUCUUCUUCCUCCUCCCCAUGUAACCAUGAUGACCACCGAUGCUCCUCCUCUCUGUCCGCGUCUCCCCCCUGCUGUUCUCCAGGCAGUGGAAUCGAGAUGGUCUCAAAUGAGAUCUACUGUGGCACUUUAGUUGGCGUUGCCCCUGGUGGUGGGAGGAGCCAGGGCGCGUUGCCUGUUCCCCCACCUAGACAAGCACUGGAACGGACUCCGGAGAGACACGGCAACACUGUGUCCCAUCUAGGAGUUCCCAUUGAGGACCCUGAAGAAGAGAUCAGCCCAUACUGUGAAACAGUCUUCCUAAACAAUUGGCAACUGGAACACUCUGAGGUGGAAAGAACAAGAAGUGAAGGUAGAGGACCAGGGAUGACACGAAAGGAGGAGGGCAACCAUGCAAAGGAUCAUGGCAGAGGAAGGUUGUUGCAGUCCAAGCGCCUCUCCCACGCCCUCCACAGUGAUUCCCAGGGCUACUGCACUGUCGGAGAGCCCACCCCUCCCCUGCGCUGCCUCUCCCUGCCCCCCCACCUCUACCCCACUGAGCAUGAUGACGAACUAACCAUCUCCCCCUACGCCAGCUACACCUCGUUCUCAGAGCGCACCGCGCCCAUCAUCAGCGGCUGGCUGGAUAAGCUGUCCCCUCAAGGGAAUUAUGUGUUCCAGAAGCGCUUUGUGAAGUUUGAUGGCAAAAAUCUGAUGUACUUUGGCAGUGAGAAGGAUGUUUAUCCUAAAGGAGUGAUCCCAUUGGCCGCUAUACAAAUGGCCCGGGUGGCCAAAGACAAUAAAUUUGAGAUAGUGACAAGUCACAGGACGUUCAUUUUCCGGGCUGAUAACGAAGCACAGAGACACAGGUGGGUGAGCACACUGCAGGAGAGGGUGAAAGACCAGCUGGUGUUCGGGCGGCCUCGCUUUGGCACCGGGGUCCACUGCCAGAAGAGUGGCUUCCUCGAACUGAAGGGAACCAAGUCCAAAGUCUACACAGCCAUCAACACGGAACAGAUCUGGCUGUACAAGAGCGAGCAGUGUUUUAAGAAUGGAAUUGGAAUCACUUUGAUUGAAGCCAGAGGAGCUACAAUUCGAGAUGGCAAGAAUAAAAGCUUUGACCUCAUUACUCCUUAUAAAACCUUCAGCUUUACGGCUGAGUCGGACCGGGACAAGCGUGACUGGAUGGAGGCGCUGCAGGAGUCCAUAGCCGAGACCCUUUCAGACUACGAGGUCGCUGAGAAGAUAUGGUCGAACCGGUCCAACAAGAUGUGUGCCGACUGUAAAGCUAUAAACCCAGACUGGGCCUCCAUCAAUCUGUGUGUUGUCAUCUGCAAGAACUGUGCAGGUCAGCACCGAGGACUUGGGACAAUGGUCUCUAAAGUACAGAGCCUGAAACUGGACACCAGUGUGUGGAGCAACGAGAUUGUGCAGCUUUUUAUCAUGCUCGGCAACGACCGUGCCAACGAGUUCUGGGCGGCCCGUCUGUCUGCAUCUGACGAGCUGGACUGCGACGCCACACCGGACCAACGGCGGGAGUUCAUCAACCAGAAGUACCGCGAGGGGCGCUACCGCCGCCCCCACCCUAGCUUCAACACUCAGGAGGAGCUGCUAAAGGUUCUGUGCACCGCAGUGACUGAGCAGAACCUGCUGAAGACCGUGACCCAGAUCUUCACAGAUGCCGAGGUGGCACGCCUCUGUGACACCAAUGGAUAUGACAAACCUCCAUUUUCAAACUACUACUCCCAUGGUGCUUCAGACCCCAGUGUUUAUGACGAGAUAAUGCAGCCGGUCCUGCAUUCUGGCUACCUCUACAAGUCAGGCUCGGCGAACAAAGGCACAUUAUCCCGCAAAACCAGAGAAGACUUCCAGAAGUUCUGGUGCACAGUGGAGAGGUCUAUACUUUUCUAUGAAUCGGACAGGUGUUCGGAGCCCAGUCUGAAGAUCAACGUCAAAGACAUCCUGUGUCUGGGAGUCAGCAGACCAGCCUCCUGCCACAACAACACUGGCUUCAUAGACAGGUUUCGCUACACUUUUGAGUUAUACCUGACAUCCGAUAAGCUUUACCAAUUUGGCUUGGAGACACCUGAAGCGCUACAGAGCUGGGUCAAAGCCAUUGGGAAGGCUGCCACGCCCCUGAGCUGUCACUGCCUGCUGACCAGGGAGUUUGAGCGGGUGGGGAUCCUACGCUACAAGGCCAUGCUGGACCCCCAGCAGUGGAAGGAGACUUACUUUGUACUGCAGAAGUCCAACCUGUUCAUCUGCCCUGGAAACGACGGCGCCGCCGAGGACAUCAUCAACCUCAAACGACUGCAGGAGCUCAGCAUAGUGUCUGAGAAUGAGAACCAUGAGAAAAAGGAUAUUCUGGUGUUGGUGGAGAAAGGAAGGACUCUGCAUGUGCAGGGUGUGGGCAGGACAGACUUCUCCUUGUGGUAUGCAGACAUCCAGAGGGCUGCCGGAGGGAGGGGGAACACCCUGAGAGAACAGCAGCUCAGCAGAAACGACAUCCCUAUCAUCGUAGACAGCUGCAUUGCCUUUAUCACACAGUAUGGCCUGGGCCACGAGGGAAUCUACAGGAAGAACGGAGCCAAGUCCAGGAUCAAACUCCUGAUGGAGGAGUUCCGAAAGGACGCCCGGAAUGUGAAGCUACGGAUCGGGGACAACUUCAUCGAGGACGUGACGGACGUGCUGAAGAGGUUCUUCCGUGAGAUCGAUGACCCCAUCUUCAUGGCUGAGCUGCACCCUCUCUGGAAGGAUGCAGCUAAAAUCUCGCAGAAGACCUAUCGUUUGGAUAGGUACAAGGAGAUCAUCCAUAGCUUACCCAGAGUCAACAGGACCACUCUGGCUGCCCUCAUCAGUCACCUGUACAGAGUCCAGAAGUGUGCUGAUCUGAACCAGAUGUGCACAAAGAACUUGUCCCUGCUCUUCGCUCCAAGCCUUUUCCAGGCCGAUGGAAAAGGAGAGCAUGAGGUUAAGAUUGUAGAGGACCUCAUAGACAACUACCUGUAUGUAUUUGAUAUUGAUGAGGAGCAGCAGACCCAGAUUGAGCUGGAGAUCAGUCUCAUCACCACCUGGAAAGACACUCAGCUGUCACAGGCAGGGGACUUGAUCAUUGAAGUUUAUUUGGAAAUGAAGAUACCAGACUGCUGUAUCACACUCAAGGUUUCUCCUACAAUGUGUGCCGAAGAGCUGACCAACCAGGUGCUGUACAUGAGGAACGUGCCUGCGGGAGAGAAGGAUGUUUGGAUGACGUUUGAGGCCAUAGAAGACGGACAGCUCGAACGACCACUGCACCCCAAAGAGAAGGUUCUGGAGCAGGCCCUGCAGUGGUGUAAGAUGGCCGACCCAAGCUCCGCUUACCUGGUGGUCAAGAGGGUACCCAGAGGAGAGGGGAUCAACCUCCUCACUUCAUACCAGAACGACAUCAUGAAAAUAGGGCUACUGAAGUGCAGAGAGGAACCGCCCAAGCUCCUCCAGGGGAACAAGUUUCAGGAGCGCACCUUCCAGAUCAAGGACCACAAGCUGCUGCUGCUCAAGGACAAGAAGAGCAUCAAGCCUGAAAAGGAGUGGGCACUAAAAUCAAUGAAAAUCUACAUUGGAAUCCGGAAAAAGCUGAAAGCUCCAUCAAAAUGGGGGGUUACAAUAAUGAUGGACAAACACCAACUGUACCUGUGUUGUAACUCAGAGACUGACCUCUGGGACUGGAUAACUAGUUUCCUGAAAGCACAGAACGAUGACUCCCGGCCCCCUGUGUUGCGGCGCCACUCCUCCUCUGACAUCUCCAAGCAGAAGUUUGGCACCAUGCCGCUCGUGCCCAUCCGCGGGGACGAGAGCAACUCCACCAUGCUCUCAGCCAAUCAGACCCUGAGGAAGUUACACGCCAGAAGGACACUCUCCAUGUUCUUCCCCAUGAAGGUGCAGCAGGACUCGUUUGAGGAGCGUGCGGAGACUCCUCCCCCUCCGGAGCCGCUCUACGAGGAAGUGGGCGACUUCGGCCUGCAGGUGCUCAAGUCUCUGGAGACCAGCUUCCUGUCCAGCGCCGCCUCCGAGACCCAGGAAGUCCUCGACCGGCCCAUGUCCCUCUCCCUGCUCCCCCUCAAGACGGCCUCCCUGGACCGCAUGAUCGGGCCCAACCCUGUUCACAUCCUGGAAGGAGGGAGUGGCCUGCUGCCCCUUGCUGGUGGCUCAUUAGACACCCUGGUGUCAGGAAGUGACGACGACCCCUGCCACAGCCCAGAAAGUGGGUCCUGUUCGCUCCGAUCCCAGACGGAGAUGCAGUUACCUCCGGUGGCCAGAAGGAGGCAGCAGCAGGGGGUUUGCACCCCGUCUCAGGAGCUGCUGCUGCAGCAGCUCUCCUCUGUCUUCACCAAGAGGCCUGAGCAGGAGGACACGCCUCACGGUGCCAACCACUGCUGAAGGAGGAAGUGCAAAACAGUCACUUCCUUCAUUCAACCCAUCACAGUAUUCUGUGAAGUUAUUGAGUCGUAUUUUAUUGGUUUAGAUUUGACUAAAAACAGGGGACAUACACACACAUACACACAAACGUACACAAAUGCAAAUAUACAUAGUGGACUUUACUCUACAUGCCAACCAGAUUUGGUUAGUUGAAUAUUAAUGUAAUUUUCCUGUUGCAAAACAGCUUCCUCAUGUAUCAUAGCAGACUAUAACAUGUAUAGUUCCACCUGACCUUUUUUGCUUAUUAAUUAUUUCUCAUGCUUUUAUAAUGUGCUGUUCAUGCAUUCAAGAAUAGGAAGAUAAAAUUUGGCAAUCCUAACCCUGCUAUAUGCUUGUUUACAAUACAGCUGUCCACAUAUAGACACUGGUAUAGUUAACCGAAGUACUUUUGGAGUAGAGCUACUAUGUGUAUUUCAGAUAAUUCCUCAAUUGUCAAGUACAUAGUAUUCCAAAAAUUAAUUAGUCUUAUUUUAUUGUGAAACAUGUUUUUUACAUAUUAAUUUAUUUCUAGAAUAUUUAAUCAAUUUUUUAUUAUGAUUUUUUACUGUGAAAGAGGUGAGUUUUGACUAUGCCCUCACAGCAACCUUACUGUGUUGCAGCACUAGAUGGCAGUGUAGAUUCACAAGCAGGUCGAUGGACACAGUAGUGAAGAAGUAUUAGUAUUCCCCAUGAAUCUAAGUUUAUAUAUAAAGGUGAAUUAUUGUAAAGAUUAUAUAUAUGACCAAAUAUAUGGAAUAUUUUAUCAACAAUAUUAUAUUUUUCCCUAAACCAUCAAUGAUGUGUUCCAACAUACUUGUGGUUAUUUUGAUGUGUUAUUAAAUUUACCCCUCCAUACCAUUCAUCUCAAACUAUGUAACUGUAAAUAUUGUAUAAUGUCCUGUAUAUGCCUGCCAUUUCAAUCUUCAUCUCACAGUAUUUUGCAUAUGUUACAGAGCGUGUUGAACUCAUUAAGGAGUAUAUUAAAUGUGAUACUGUUU